GUAAGAUUUCGCCAAUUUCUAGGAUCUGUUAAUGUGUUGUUUUGGAUUCUGUAUUGAUCCAUUGAACGAGCUUUCCCGUUUAAGGAAUAUUUAGGGUUUUCUCCGACACGUUGGUCCCGAUUGAGAGGAGCUUUCACUUUGGGAGAGGAGAUGGGUUUCAUCAUGGAAUUCGCAGAGAAUCUUGUGCUGAGAUUGAUGGAGGAUCCAAAGGAGAGGGACAGGAAAGCGAGGGAGCAUAUUUAUCAGAUGCAUGAUCGGUGCAAGAAGAUCAAGGAGAUGUGGGAUUUGCCCAUUCGUCCUUACGGGUUCUGGACAUUCGAGCGCCACAACGCUCAGCUUCGGUGGGACCCUCAGAUCAGUCAGGCGCCUGGUCGAAGGGAUCCGUACGAUGAUCUUCUCCAGGACUCUGCUUCCGCUUCUUCAUCAUAUUCUUCCUCCUCCAAGUAAAAAGAAAUGAUAAAAGAUGAAGCAGUAGAUUGUCUGGACGGGCGUUGUCUUAUGCUGCCUUCAAGCUUUUUUUCCGAGGUUGUGUUCUUUCGUUUACAUCCGUGUUUAUUUGUUCUUCAGAUAUCAGAACCCGUGGUGGAACCCGGAAUAAGGACUCUGAGACUUGUUCAUGGAUGAAUGAUCAUGUUUCUUGGUAAAGUUUGUGUUUUUGUUUUUUCAGCUUUUUCUUCUUCAGUUGACAUGAUUACACUUGCUGAAACAUCUAAUUUUUAAAUUA